AUGCAGCAGAAGCGCAAGCGUGGCGACGGAAACCUUUCGCCCUCGCCCGAUCCUGCGCGCAAAGCAGCAGCCGCAGCAGCUGUAAGACCGACGCGUCAGACGCCCGUGUAUCCGCCGCCGAUACCCACGCACAGCCCGCCUAAGCUUGUAUCUGCUACCCCGGUACCGCUGCCUGUGUUUCCGACGUCACCAGUGCAGCAGGUGAAGAAGCAGCCGCAGCCACAGAAGCAGCAACAGUCACAGAGAAAAAAGAGCGGAAGGAUGAGCGGCAUCGUGGCGACGAGUGGAGGAUUUGGUAAGGAGAAUAUCCGGCCUGCUGCGGAAGAAGAGACACCGCCGCAGUUUGGCAAGCAGGUACAACAGCAGCAGCAGCUUCUACAACAGCCCCAACAACAGCAGCAGCAAAGACUACCGGCAACACGAGUCGAGAGAAUGAUCCCGCCGUCCGUGACGCCCGUACCAGCGCCGAAGCCGCCCGUCGUGGAAAAGAAACUCAGUGCCGACCGCAAUAUUGACAUGGUGGUGCUGGGCAACUUGUGCUUCAAGACAUGGUAUCCGAGCUACUACGGCAAAGAGGUGCUGGGAGAUACGUCGGGGAAUAGUGCCCGCGGGGCCAAGGACUACGAUGCGAAGCACCAUAAAAAGGGCGAGACGGCGAUGCUGGACAGGCUCUAUGUGUGUCCGCACUGUUUCAAGUACGCAAAGGAGAUUGUUACAUGGUGGGGACAUCUGCGGGCUUGCGAGCAAAAAGGCACGAUCCCAGGUCGCAAGAUUUAUACACAUCCGAGGGGAGUUCGAAAGGUGCUUGUUGCGCAGGAGAGACCCGGCGUGAAGAAGCGCCGUGGCGAAGGAGUACGAUACGUAGAAGAGGUGGUUCGCGAUGAAGGCGAAUGGAGUGUCUGGGAAGCAGAUGGCGAGGUUGACGGGCUCUUUUGCCAGAACCUCUCGCUCUUUGCAAAGCUCUUCCUCGACAACAAGUCGGUGUUCUUCGACGUCACGGGCUUCAAUUAUCUACUACUUGUCUACACGCCGCCCGUCACAGCGUCUACACCAACACCGAUCCCACAGGUCACGGGCUUCUUUUCGAAAGAGAAGAUGUCAUGGGACAACAACAAUCUUGCGUGUAUCCUAGUGUUCCCCCCGUGGCAGCGUAAAGGACUCGGUGCUCUGCUUAUGGGCGUAUCCUACGAGAUCUCGCAGCGCGAGGGCAUCCUUGGUGGACCCGAGAAGCCUAUUUCGGACCUAGGCAAGAAGGGUUACAGGCGGUUUUGGACUGGCGAGAUUGCGCGCUGGCUGCUAGAGCUGGACGUGACAACGGACAGUGAGACUAUUAUCGACGUGGACGACGUCAGCCGCGGGACGUGGAUCUUUGGUGAUGACUGUCUUGGUGUUUUACGUGAGAUGGGCAUCAUGGAAGAUGGCGGCAUCGGCGCAGGCAAAGCGGUACCUGUUGAGCCACAGGAUGAAGACGAGGACCAAGAGCAAACCGAGCAAGAGCCCAAGCCGGUCAAGACUAUGCCACGGGUGAGAGUCGACAAGGAAGCCAUUCGAAGGCACGUUGCGCUGCACCGAAUCAACUUGGAGAAGGUGUGCGACCCAGACGGCUUUGCAGAGGGAUAUGCGCUGCCCGAGGUGGAUGAGGACGAGGAAGAAGCCGAGGAGGAGGAUGAAGACGCGGAUGAGCAGGACGAGUAA